ACAUAGAACGAAUUAAAUAUAAAUAAUUAUAUAAAAUUAUCAAAUAAUGGUACGAUAAUCGAAUUAGAAAGUAUUAACAUAAGAAUACAUGAAAUAUUAAAAAAAAAUUAUAAACAAACUAUAAAUAUAAAAUAAACAGUGAUUAAUAACUCUAUACAUAAUAAUAAAAAUACAGAACAAUACACCAGCUUGGCGUCUGCAAGAAUUCUUUGAACGGAAGAUGUGUGCCGCAAUCGAUAUGUUGGCAUCGGAGCAAUUGUUCUACGGCCACAGUCCACCAGCCGGUUUCCUAACAGAUUAUACGCCACCAAGAAGACAAACGAAGAUCACGGCUAGAGGUUACUCAGCACCGUGUUUAUCAGUGCUCAAACCUGUGCAGUUAACUUUAAAAUCAGCUCCCAGAUCGUGUAUACGGAUACCAACAGAAAAGAAGAAGAAACACGUAGUGUUUGCUGAUGAUAGAGGAUUCGCGUUAGAACAUGUCAAAUUUAUGACAGAACCAUCACAUGUACCACCGUAUUGGGCAUUCAAAGUCGUAGCCAGUCCACCAAUUGAAAGAAAAGUUAAACCAGUUGUAGAUCUAUGGGAGACGCGUUUCGUACAACCGGCGUCAGAUUAUCUAGAAUUCAGAAGAAGGAUUACAGAAGAUUGUGUGUCAUUAGAAAAUGUUAUAGUGAAACAAAACGAAUUGGCAGUAGACGGUACUGUCAAGGUAAAGAAUCUCGAUUUCUCCAAAGAAGUAUUUGUGAGAACAUCUUCAGAUGGAUGGAGUACUAACGAAGAUACAUAUUGUGCGUUCAUAGAAUCAGGUCCUUUGUUACAAAAUGGUGUGUCAACGUAUGAUACUUUUGGAUUUAGAUUGCAACUUCCAAUACAUUCAAGAAGAUUGGACUUCUGUGUCGGAUUCCGUUGUCAAGGUAAAGAAUUCUGGGACAAUAAUAAUGGAAAGAAUUACACAAUAGAAAAGUCUUCAACGAGAAGUGUUCCAGCGUUAUCAUGUGCUAGAAUUAAUUACGGAAAUUCUUGGUCAGUUAGAUCAGACAAUAAUGGUAGUACUCCAUAUUGGUGAAAGUGAAUACUAAAACGAAAUGGUUCUUUUUUUUGGUUCUAACAAUCCUUAAGGGAUCUGUGAUGCUUGUGCCAUAGUGUCAGAAGAUAGAGGUAUCUAUAUUUUUCAAAUUAUCGUUAUUUUAUCUUGAAUCAAGUGCUAGUGUUGCGCGAUUGUCGAUAUAUUUUAAGGAGACAUUAUUUUUAAGUGAGACGCGAUCUGUUGGUAUCGUUGACUUGGCUGAGGCAAUAACAAUAUUAUUUAUUUCAUUAUAUAACAAAUACGAUAUCAAUACAGAGCGCAACACUUUCACUUAGUGCAGAUUAAGUAAAGGUUAUUUAUGUAAACUUGCAUGAAGUCUGUUGAAAACACUAACCGCACUUAUCGUUAUAUUCUGAGACCAAACUUCCCAUAUAAAAAUAUCGUCAUCUCUCUCAUUAUCACUGACAAAACAGAGAUAACAAAAUAUUUUCAUACAGGGAUUGGUCUCAGAAACCAACGAUUAGUGAGGUAACCUCGUUAACGUCACUUAGAAGAUAUCUCAUGUUGAAUAUAAAGGUAUCCCUUAGCGACCAAUAAAACUAAUGUGGCGAUUAAACUAUUUAAUAUAUUGAAAUAUA